UCGACUCACUUUCAGUUGUGCUCACAGUGGUCAGAACUGAUCUGAAGCUAGUUGUUCGGUGAAGUAGGCGACUUGAUUUCUGCUAUGACUAACUUUGAUCACAAGCAAUAAAUAGCCUACAACUCGUGGUCGCUGACAGUCUAUGGAAAAUGUACGUAUACAAUGCGGUAUGAGUGAAGCGAAGUAGACUACUAGACUACAAGAACAAGCAUUCAUGGCUGCCGAUGAGUCAACAGUGAUUGUAACUUUUACUGAAGUCCAAGGUCGCUUCUAGGCUACAAAUGGGUUCCAUGUUUGAUCUGAGCGCUGCUGUAAGACUCUAUUUGCUGUCUUGUUUCGUUGUAUCUGUGGACUUCACUUUAGGCUUGGGACAAAGCCAAGAUACUGAAUUCAUGUUUCAACUCCCUGCGGGUAGAACAGAAUGUUUCUACCAAACAGCUACGAAGAACGGAAGCCUGGAAGUAGAAUACCAGGUGAUUGCAGGUGCAGGCCUGGAUGUGGGCUUCACCUUGAUCUCCCCCAGCGGAUACAAGCUGGCCUCUGAGUUCAGGACAUCUGACGGCAUCCACACGGUGGAGCCUACAGAGGACGGAGACUACCGGCUGUGUUUUGACAACAGCUUCAGUAAGCUUUCUGAGAAGAUGGUGUUCUUCGAGGUGAUCGUGGAGGGCCAGCCUGGGGACGCCUGGGGCGACGAAGAGUGGGCUGACAUGGCCGAGCCAGAGAGCAUGGUGGAGUACAAACUGGAAGACAUCAGGGAGACCAUGGACUCAGUGCACAGGCACCUGGAGCGGAGCCGGCAGCUUCAGACCAUGCUGAGGGCCUUCGAGGCCCGGGACCGCUACCUACUGGAGGACAACCUGUGGAGGGUCUCCUUCUGGUCCUCCAUGAGCCUCCUGGUCAUCCUGACCGUGGCCGUCACACAGGUCUACACCCUCCGACGCCUCUUCGACGACAAGACGGUCUGCAAACCCUAGUGUCCAGUGGUAUCUUCCACGACCCCCACACCCUUCCCAGUGGUAUCUUCCACGACUCCCACACCCUUCCCAGUGGUAUCUUCCACGACCCCCACACCCUUCCCAGUGGUAUCUUCCACGACCCCCACACCCUUCCCAGUGGUAUCUUCCACGACUCCCACACCCUUCCCAGUGGUAUCUUCCACGACCCCCACACCCUUCCCAGUGGUAUCUUCCACGACCCCCACACCCUUCCCAGUGGUAUCUUCCACGACCCCCACACCCUUCCCAGUGGUAUCUUCCACGACUCCCACACCCUUCCCAGUGGUAUCUUCCAGCAGACUCACACCCUUCCCAGUGGUAUCUUCCACCACCCCCACAUCGUGCCCAGUGGUAUCUUCCAGCAGACUCACACCCUUCCCAGUGGUAUCUUCCACCACCCCAAACCCUUCCCAGUGGUAUCUUCCAGCAGACCCACACACAGCCCAAUGGUAUCUUCCACCACCCCAAACCCUUCCCAGUGGUAUCUUCCAGCAGACCCACACACAGCCCAAUGGUAUCUUCCACCACCCCAAACCCUUCCCAGUGGUAUCUUCCAGCAGACCCACACACAGCCCAAUGGUAUCUUCCACCACCACCAAACUCUUCCCAGUGGUAUAUUCCAUCACCCCCACACCAUUUCCAGUGGUAUCUUCCACCACCCCAAACCCUUCCCAGUGGUAUCUUCCAGCAGACCCACACCCUUCCCAGUGGUAUCUUCCACAAAGAUGCCAUAGAAGGGUGUUGGGACUAACAGGAACCUACUGUAAAGUAAUGGGUCUCAGAGAUUGAAGAGAGACUAUUGACAACAGUGAUGCGUGGUAAAUGAGGGACUGUUAGUAAGGAUUUAGUGAUGUUUGUGUGUGAUGAGCUUGAUUCAGCUUUUGAGUGGCAGAAAAGUGCAUGUUUGUAUGUGAGUCAUAAACACUGUAUGUUUUGACAAUUUAGUGUCAAUCUAUCAAACAAGAAACCAAUGCAACAACA